UUGUCGAGCAGUGCAAUUUGACUUGCGCCAGCGGAUGUAUAUAAAAUUUAAGUAAUAUAUGUUCAUAAUAAGUUAUUAGAUAGUACGGAUAAUACCUAUAUCUUGAAAAUAAACAACCUUCGUUACAAUAAACAGCUUUUUGUUUACAAGAUAACAAUUCAGUUGCCUCAUAUGAAUAGUUCACAGUUUUUUUGCUUCGGUUAAUUGGACACACACCUGCCUUUCAAAAAUGAUUUCCGAUGUAUGGAUCAAGGGGAAUUGUGUUACUCAAAUAUUAACAAAACAAAAAUUUGAGAAAUACGGGCAUCUACUAAAAUGGAAAAAGAACGAAAGCAUUCUCGAGUUUGGUGCAGCAGAUGGAAAUACUUCAGUUAACUCAGUAUUACCAGUAUUACCAAAGGAUUACAAAGAAUAUGUUCUAACGGAUAUAUCACCUAAUAUGGUAGAACAUAUGAAGAAAAAUCUAAAUAUACCCAGAAGUAAGAUCAUGCAACACGAUAUUGGUACCAUAAGACUUCAAGACGAUCUCAAAAAUAGGUUUGACCACAUUUUUGGUAUAUUUGUGAUGCACAUGGUACCAGAUCCCAGGCAAGGUUUUAUUAACAUCAAGGCAAUGCUCAAGCCAGGCGGUCAAGCAUUUGUAUCAAUCUUGGAACGCACACCCAUGGAUCACGCUUUUGAUGCUUUGCUGAAAUAUCCUAAAUGGUCAAGAUACGGACACAUGCUGUCCCCUCAUUACUACAGCGACAAUAUAGAAGAAGCGUAUAAAAAAGAUAUCGAGGCUGCAGAGUUCGAAUCCUAUUCCUUUCAUGUCCAAAAGGACUAUCCGAUCUGGUUUGAAAGCGAGGAUAGUAGAAGAGGUCUACUUGCCGGAAUUAAUAACGUCCUACCAAGGAUACCUGAAGAACUGAGAGAAGAAUACUUAAAGGAUUACCAUAAGGAAAUUGAAAGAGAUGGUCAUAUUAAAUUCAUAGAAAGAAAUGGAGAACAAAUACCCUAUGUAGAUAUGAAAUUAUUGGUUGCUAUAAUGAACAAAAAGGAAUAAUAAUUUAUUUUAUUAAAA